AGCGCUCGAUCUAUCAACCGUCUGUCACUUGUCACCAAUUUUUAGGUUAUGUUUUCAAAUUUGUAAACAAUCGAUUUAUACACCAAAGACAAUAAUGGCAGAAAACGACAAAAAUGUUGAAAUAUCGGACGCAGUUUCAGCCGUAGGUAGUGAUAUCACACGUGAGACAGUUUCGGAAGUGGCUGCCGAGUCAGCCAUUAUAGCCCCCCCAAGCUGCGAGACAAUUCCGGCGAUACACUCGUACCAAAUUAAACCGGUCUUGGCAGACAAAUUCAAGGGUGGAACAGUGAAAGAAAUAAUGCGAAAUAUCCUCACCGAGAAAUUGAGUGGCAAAUCUUACGAUCCGGACCAAGUCAAAAAAUGGACCGUUGAUUUGGCCAAUGAAAUCAGCGAAAAAGUAACAGAGUUGAAAAUGAAACGAUACAAACACAUUGUACAAGUGAUUCUGGGCGAGCACAAGGGGGCUGGGGUGAAGGCGGGGGUGCGGUGUCUCUGGGACGCCGAGACUGAUGGAUACACGAGCGAGACAUUCUCAAAUGACACCAUUUUUUGUUUGGUAGUCGUGUAUGCAGUUUAUUUAUAUUAAAUAAAACAGUACAGCUGGCAGAA